GCGCGGGGACUGUCCCGCCACCGGCGCUUGCCCGUUUGCUCUCGUGGCUUCGACUUGCGCGCAGCACUCACCGAACUCACGGCCCGCCGCUCGGGCUCACGCACGGCCCGCGGGCCGGAAUGGCGAAGCGCGGGCCGACUACAGGGACGCUGCUGCCCGGGGUCCUGCUGGCCCUGGUGGUGGCCCUGGCGGACCGAGGGACCGCCGCACCCAACGGCACGCGGCACGCCGAAUUGGGGCACGGCUGGGACGGCCUGGUGGCCCGCUCGCUGGCACGCUUGCCGGUGGCCGCGCAGCCCCCGCAGGCGGCGGUCCGCAGCGGCGCAGGGGACUACCUGCUGGGCCUCAAAAGGCUGCGGAGACUCUACUGCAACGUGGGCAUCGGAUUCCACCUGCAGGUGCUGCCCGACGGCCGCAUCGGCGGUGUGCACGCGGACACGAGGGACAGCCUUCUGGAGCUCUCUCCGGUGCAGCGGGGUGUGGUGAGCAUCUUCGGAGUGGCCAGCCGGUUCUUCGUGGCCAUGAGCAGCAGGGGCAAGCUCUUCGGUGUGCCUUUCUUUACCGACGAGUGUAAAUUCAAAGAAAUACUUCUCCCCAACAACUACAAUGCCUACGAGUCCUACGCAUACCCGGGCAUGUUCAUGGCCCUCAGUAAGAACGGGCGGACCAAGAAGGGGAACCGAGUUUCGCCGACCAUGAAGGUAACCCACUUCCUUCCUAGACUGUGACUCUCCGAAGCCCUGCCUCAGCCUCGGAAGCACACCCGACCCCUCAGGAGGAGCACUUUCUCUCGAUGGAUAAUUGUUUGCAAAAACAAGCCUAAGAUAUUUAAAUUAAUUAUUUAAAUAUGUAUAUAUGGACAGCCAAUUAUUUAUAAGUCUAUGUAUUUUCAUUUUCUGGCGGAAAAUGACCAAAAGAACAAACAAAUCAAAUGCAGCUCGGACCUCUUUGGUACAGUGGGACAAACUUUUUCCUUCACUCUCAAAGAUCGGGCUGUGCUGCUGUUUCAUAUGUGCCUCUAAAACGUGGUGACAUCAGAUUCCAAGGGUGCCUGGCCCCUCUGUCUGGAAAGGCCUGCUUGGGUCCUCUGAGUCAGUGAGAGGAGGACCCUAAGCUUCCUCCUGUCCCGGAGCAUCCUGCAGCAGCCGCUCCCUCAGCUCCCUUUGGUAUGAACCCUGUCGGAUCGGUUUACUCCAGGGACAGAAGUGCGUCCUGGAAGUCCUCCCGCCUCUGUUUUUAGAUCUCCAAGACUGAUCUUUGAACUCUCUUGCAGUCAAUCUUCUUGGACCUACCGGAUGGGAGACCCUUAGACAACUUUAUAAACUCCUGUUUGCCUUCUUUUUUACUGGCCAACAGGGCGCAUGGCUUGUAGCCACUGGAACUUUGUAAAUUCCCUGGAAAAAGGAACUAGGAAUGGACAAGAUGCGUGUGCCACAACUCCAACUCUAGGGAUGAAAUUGUUUUGUGAUAGAGGAUGACAUGUCGGGGAUAUAACAAUGUAUUUUGCAAAAAUCAAAUUGAGAAAAACAGGCUUCCCUGAAUUUGGGGGUCUUUUGUAUUGGGACUCCAUAAUUUAAAGGUGAGCUGUCCUUCCCAUCGGGGCAGCCCUUAUGCAGGCAGACUGCAGGAGUCCGCAUUCCAGUGCUGCGCCAAUGUGAAACGCAUUCUAUUCCCAUCUACCUCAGAGUUCCUGAGUCCCUGGUGGCCAAGCUGGAGGCUCUGCUGGGUGCGUCUGCCUGUUUCUCUUCCACAUGUAGCAUCUCUCAACCCGCUGGUCUCUUGUCACGUUUCAGCUAUCUUUACCCAAUGAUUUACUUUUAGUAAGGGGUAUUCAUGGUGAAAAUAUGCGCGGCCAGCUGUCGGAGUGCAGUAUAUGGUCACCAAGUCAAGUAACCCUUAUAUUUUUCUUUAUAUAUUUUACGAAUGUCACCCCUGUCACCGAGACCGAGAUGGAGGAGCAGGGUCGGCGGCAUUUAAAAAAAGGGCUGAGGUGAGGGAGGACAUUUAAUUUUAAUGAAUGACUUUGGAGUUUAUACAAAAUGACCUUCGCUCACUACAGCGAAUGUCUCAAAUGCUUCUCCCCAAGACGUUAAGACUCUGCUGGGAGGCUUCUGAGCCUCCUCCCGAAUUAACUUUAUGAGAGGGUACAGACAGCAAGACGGGAAAAUCUGAUUGGCAUUUUUUUUUGUCUUUCACAUUCCUUUAGAAGAAAACUCUUUGUUUGAAUGCUAAUGGGAUACUUAAAAUACUAUUCUGCAGCGCUGCCCUAGAAGGAAGAAGCCACGCCCCAAAGUUGAGGUGGGAGCAUGUCCCAAACUUCCCUUUCUGUCUGGGGCUCACAGGCUGAUACAGAUUUUGUGUUUUUUAAGCCAGGCCCUAGACUCCAAGAGUGUUGGGGAGAAGAUAGUUGAAGGUCUUUUGUUUUUGUUAUUUUUUAAAGACUGGGUCUCUUAGCCCAGGCUGGCCCUGAACUUGCUAUGUCAUUAAAGAUGACCUUGAAUUUCUGAUCCUCUUGCCCCAUUUCCAAGUGCUAAGGUUACAGGCCUUGCCCACCACACCCACUCAUUAGGUGAUGGGAAUUGAAAUCGAGUGUGUGCUAGACCACUCAGCAGAGCUAAGCCUCCCUCUUUUUUGUGGGGGAGGAAAUGUGGGGGUCUUAUUCGGUAGCCCAGGCCAGUCUCCUGCUUGAAUUGUGUUGAGACUACAGGUAGAAGACUCCUGCUCUGCUCUGAUGGGAUUCUCUGCUGCUAUGUUGCCUCAGGCUGGCUGUGGUCCUACCUGACACCUAUUACCUGUUUCUUCAGCCUGUUAGCUUCCUUUCCUGUGCCCAGGGACAAGAUUGUAUCUUUGGAACUUUGUUACUAAAUGGAUUUGGGUUUCUGUAUCCGCCCCUGUUACCGAGUCGGUCUGUAGUUACUACAGGUGUCGACCCAGAGAUGGUAUGUGCUAUGCACACUGGAUGCUCCAUCCAAGAGAAGCAUUCAAUCAUGUAUAGAGAGCCCCCACGGACUGGGAGUGACUGAGAAAGAUAUUAAAAUGACAAACGUAUCUGGAA